AUGGCCAUUCUCACGAUAGAGUCUCCGUGGCUCAGUGGCAUCGGAGCGCAGAAUCCGAGAGUCUUAGAUUCGAUUCCUUGAAGGGGACUCAGAAGGUUUUCUUUGCCCCAUGCUCAUGAAAAGACACAAAAAGGGUUUUUUUCAAAAUAUUUGUCAGGUCUUGCUCAAACACGAAGGCACGGUAUAAAAGGAGGCUUCCCUGGGAAGGUUAUGAUUCAUUUGUUGAUCAAACGUCGAUGAGUGAACCCUAUGGGGAAUAUGGAUGAUGAUGUCAGGGUUUAAAAGGUUAAAACAUUUCAGUCCAGUUUUGAUUCUCUAAUAGUUGUUAAAUUUUGGAUGGUAAGCUCUCACUCUUGAGAUUUCAAAGGGCCACUUGUGUGAUAUUCUUUCCUUUGAUUAUACUGAUGCAUUGUCAAACAACAGUUCAUUUGAAUUGGUUUUUUUGUGCUCUGUUUCUUUUACAGAUCAAUCAAAUGGACUCGUAGAUAUUUUAGGAGCGCUUUUUGUCAAGCUGGACCAUGCAGCAUGUCAAUUUUGUGUCACAGCCUGGAGGAAACUUGCUGCUGCUCUUACCCAGUUCUGCGCGGCUCAUGAUACAAGGGAGUUAAAGAUAUUUUGGGACGAGCGAGCUGAUUGGUGGCCACAAUUUCACUUCCGUCUCAGUCUCGUCCCUAACAAGGAUCACGUGUCUGAACUGGAAUGGAAACUGACACGCUAUAAGGCAGAGGCUGCCAGGUGGCUCCAUGACAAGGUACGUGUUUUGUGUGUGCACAUACAAGCGUUUCAUUGUGCGUUU